AUGUCACGAUUGGUUCCAUACUUGGUCACACCAGAACCGAAAUGUCUAGCUCGUUUUAUUGGAGGUUUAGCUCCGGAAAUUAAAGCAAGUGUGAAGGCAUCAAGACCUACCACCUUCAGGUCGGUGGCUGAUUUGUCGUUAUCUCUUACUCUCGAUGCGGUCAGGCAGAGAUCGCUUAAGAGUUCCGAUGAGGGGAAAAGGAAACGUGAGGAUGAGAACUCACACCGUUCUGAUAAGAAAUAUAAGGGGAACUCAGAUCACAAGAAGGGUUCCGGGUUCAAAAAGGAUAACCAACAGACGGGUGAGAAGUGCAAAUGCAAGACCUACAAGAAAUGCCAUCUAGGGAAAUGCAGGAACAAGAAAAUGCCGCCGCGUAUUAGAGGAAGAGGAGGAGGCGGAAAAGCCCCAGUUUUCACAAGUCAUGACCACGAGGCCGGACGAUCACACUGGCGAACUCCUUCAGCAACCAUGAGCUCUAGUCCUCAAGAAGACUGGAGAACGUAUUUGGAACCCGCGAGGCGUUCUGUCUCGCUAAGCUCUUCGCCCUCGUAUCACCACUCCUUUGGGCCACAAUCAGAAAACGAGCCCAAUGAUUCUCACCACUCCUACCUUCCAUUGCAGCUGUCGAGUUCACACCGAGCUUUUCACGACCCGACCCCAUACUUUCAGAGCCGGUUCAACCCGACGAACGUGAGUGAAGAACCAAUGGGCCAUAACCCAUUGGGACCAGAAGACCACUUUCUUGGAGACCAGGAUAUGGAUAUGGAUGAGGAUCCUGAUCCAGAGCCUACCGAGCCACCAAGUGGGACGCCCACGCAUCCCGUAGAGAUUUCAGACGGAUCAUCUUUCCAUGGUUCGCCUUAUAGAGGUCCCGAUCCAUUUGCUCAAUGGUGGAGCAAUUAUCACUGGGAGUAUACACCUUCCCACCAUUCUUCACCACACCAGCAGGUCCCCUCAGAGGACCCACAUUUUGAAGCGGUCACGCCACCGCCACCGCCGCCGCCAGAGCAGCAACCGCCUCCGGAACCACCGAGGCGAAGGAGAUCAGGAGCACAGAUGUUCGUGCGAAGGGGAUUCCACUUCAGCUCCCCCCAACACAGCAACAACGGCCGUUACCCGCCGCUGUAUAAAGACCCACAGAUGGGUGGGCCUUCAAACCCAGUUUCAGAGGUCGACUCUCUGCCAGUCACACCACCACCACCACACGUGGGUUUUGAUAACCCAAUACCUUCUUACGCCGGUGCAACGGCGGCCAUACGCAGCUUCCUACCAGACUGGGUACCCAGCUUAUGGGUAUCAAUACCACCUCCUCAACCUCUGCAGCAGCAGCAGCCGCAGCCACCACAGAUCCAACCCCCGCAGCAGCUGGAGAUUCUUCAGAGGUUGAACCAGGUGGAGCGUAGAAGCCGUCAGGGUCUACUUAAGGGUUUGGCUGGCCUAAUCAAGGGGAAGAAGAAAAAGGAUUAUUGA